AUGGCGUGCUACCCGGAGGAAGAGGUCUGGAAAUGCCCGAAACACCCCUCCAAGCGGCGGCGCAACGGCAUCUGCCCCGUCUGCCUCCGCGACCGUCUCGCCACCCUCUGCCCCAUCUGCGCCAACGUUCGCCCCUGCAAUUGCGCCGCCCACGCGCCGCCGCCCACAUCCCUCUCACUCCACCGAUCUAAAUCCGUCGCGAUCCCCUUCCUCCGCGCGCCUUCCAAAACGCCGUCGCUCCUCUCGAUCCUGAGGCGGAGCAAGACGAAGAGUCACGAUCCAGCGGCGGCGGCGGCCGAGGAGGAGAGAUACGAGGGCGAAGACCGCAGAAGAAUCGACGAUUUCGCGGAGAUUAUCACACGGUCGAGGUCCAUGAGAGCCGGCCCGACGGCGGCGGCGCCGCGGCUUCGGCCGCGAGACGCCGGCUCCUCGGCGGCGAAGGGGAAAUUCUGGCACUUCCCCAGCCCGAUGGCGGUGUUCAGGGGUUCUAAGGCCUCGAAGGUAGUUGUUCAUGAUCAAUCGCCUUUGCACAGAGGUUGA